AUGAGUGAACUAAAAGUAACGGAAAAUUCGUCUUCUGAGCCAAUUGGUGAAUCGAUUCUGUCAAGUGGUGGUGACAAACACCUGGAUGUACGAUCACUAGAUGUAGCCUCAUUGAAAUCUACAGAUGCAUUGAUUGACAUCGACAAAGACGAUCUAAAUAAUAUACAGAUGACUGAAUUAAAUGGCGAUGCCGGAGAUAGAACCGAGAACCUGGAGUCGAAUGGCGAUGUUGACAUAGGCAAUAAGUUGUCAGAAGAACAGCUUCAAAAUCCAGAUUUAACGUCACUUAUGGAUGCGUGCCAAAAGGGUAAUUUACCCAUUGUCCAAGACUUAAUUUCUUCUAGGACAGUGUCAGCAAAUGAUACGUUUGAAGAUAAAGUAACAGCACUUCACUGGGCUGCAAUCAAUGAUAAUUUAGCGAUUGUAAAGUACUUAUGUGAAAAUGAAUAUUCCAAGGCUGAUCCAAAUAUUCAAGGUGGAGACUUGAAAGCCACCCCUUUGCAUUGGGCGUGUCGUAAUGGAUUAACCUAUAUUGUAGAAUAUUUACUUAGCAAUACCUCUGCUGAUCCCACAUUAAGGGAUGCACAGUCCUACAAUGCCUUGCAUUUGGCGGUACAUUCUCUGAACAUUAUGUUGGUGAUAUAUGUUGUUUUGAAUUGCUGUGCCAACGCAUCUGGCACUAGUAAACAAAUAUACAUCGAUGAAGUGGAUGAUAAUAAUCGUACAUCGUUACAUUGGGCUGCAUAUCAGGGUGACAUUUUCACUUUAAAUACCUUAAUUAAAUUUGGAGCUGAUGUAGGGAAAGUUGACAACACAUUAUUCAUCCCGUUACAUUGGGCUUUUAUGAGAGGAAGUAAACCUGUUUUGAAGGCGCUAGUCGAAGCUAAAUCAGAUAUUUUUGCAAAGAAUGAUAAGGGCAAGGAUUCAUUUGAAAUAGCGAAGGACAUGAACUGUUAUGAAACUUGGGUUACGGUUCUAAAAGAUUGCGGAAUUUAUGAGUCAAAUGGAUGGGUGUACAAGCCGUACUCUAGAUUUAUUGAUGAGAAGGCUGCUAAAAUUAUUACAUUUUUCCUUCCAUAUCUCAUGUUACCUUCAGUGCUCGCCAUUUGUUCCUUUAGUUCAGGCUAUGCCAUACCUAAACUUGCAUUGUCAAUUGGAAUUCUAUUUGUUUCCUUUUGGUUCUUAAACAACUUCAUAUUGCCAAUUUACGUUAGAGAAAGUAAAGCUAUUGCCAAAUCUCCAUUUUUAGCGGGCAUAUUCUCAGCUACUGCCUUUUGGGCUAUCUUGGUGUGGGUUUAUAACAUUUUGCCAGUACUAUGGUUGAAGCUGUUUUUCACUAAUGUAACUUUGGGUUGUGCUAUCUUUCUAUUUAUUAGAACUUUCUUCAAAACUAUGUUAAUAAAUCCUGGAUAUGUUCCUACGCCUAGUGACAAUAGCGUCAUCCUUCAGCAGAUUCAAGAUUUGACAGCAAUAGGGAAGUUCGACUCAAAUAAUUUUUGCGUUGAAGCUCAUGUUAGGAAACCACUUAGGUCUAGAUACUCAAGAUCAUCCAACAAGCUUGUUGCUAGAUUUGAUCAUUACUGCCCUUGGGUUUACAAUGAAAUUGGAGUAAGAAACCAUAAGCUUUUCAUGGCGUUUGUCUACUCUUUAAAUUUCGGCCUUAUUCUUUAUAUUCAUAUUACAUUGAAAUUUUUCGACAAGUACAAAGGUGGAGUGGAUGGAUACGAUAGCGACGAUGAAAAUGAAAAAUGUUCUUUACUUUCGGAUGAUUUGUGCGUUGGAUACAAGCAUAAUAAUUUCCACUUCAACUUAUUAAUUUGGUGUAUCUUUCAAUUAAUUUGGGUUGUAUUUUUAGAGCUAACUCAAACUUUCCAAAUUUUGAAAGGUAUAACUACAUGGGAAUUCUCAUUAUUAACAGAGAAACCUAGCCACUCUGGUCCUGUCCACUCUCACAAUUCUGAUGGUUUCAAGACUUGUAUGAAAUUAAUCGGCUUGGAUCAAUUCGUGAAAACCGUGAAGAUUUUCUUUCAGUCAUUUUUCAAAUCAAGCAAUGAUGCUAAUGCUCUGUCUUCGCACAACUAUAACCCUCUUGAUGAGUUUGAAGUGCCUAGCGACUAUGGAUGGAGAAAGAACUGGUGUGAUUUUUGGUUUUUGGGUGAGUAUAAUUGGAGAAAUUUAUUCUAUUUACCAAUUGAAGGUGAGAAUAACUUGAAUGGAGAGGUUGUUGAUUACUAUAAGUUGUAUGAAUAUCCAGCCAAGGAUGCAUCUAGAAUUGUAUAA